AUGCCGUGCUUCUGUAGUACUAUCGUAAAGAUAAGCCAAGUUCGACAAUCUAUAAAAGAAAAUAUUAAUUCAAUUAUUUUAUGGGCCAUUGGCACAUAUCCUGUCGAACAAGAAGAUAAUGAUAUUGAAAUGAUUAUGUUCAUACCGAUCAACUCCAACGAUAGAGAUCCCGACAGUCAAGCAAUUUUCGAAAAGAACGAGUACUAUGCCAUCAGCGGAAAAAUUGUUCCUGAAGAUUAUCGUGGUGUUAAAAGACCGAAAAUGACAGUCGCAACAUCAACACACAUCGCAAUUAAUAGAAUAAUCAACAGACAAUUUAAUUCAAAUAACUGUCCAUUAAACUCUUCUCUGGUCGGCGUAGCUCAAAACACACCUGAAGAACUUAAAAACAAUGAAAAUGCUAUCAUUAAAACCUUAGUUACCGACUAUACUACUCAAGAACACAACUUUAUAGUAAACGUUACCUAUCCAUAUAUUAGCUCUCGAUUCAAGCAUUUUAAAAACUCUAUUCGCCCUAAUGAAUCUAUGCUCUUCGUCGUCGGCCAGCUAGAAGUCAUUCAAAAUGAAUUCUACAUAUAUGCAAAAGAUAUCUCAUAUAUUGAUACUCAAGCGCUUACCAGAAAACGAAUUUCAGAUACUAACAACUCUCAAGUUUCAACAACAUCACCUAAUACAGCUCGAUCUAAACUUUUAGCUGCACAUCAAAGUAUCUCUGAAAAUACUGAAAAAAAUCUUGAAAAUUUAACUACAACGAACACGUCAAAUUUAGGUAUCGCAGAAUCUCAUCAGUCUGAUUCAUCAUCACUAAAUUUUCAAAGCCCAAAGC